GAUGAAGACUAAUAACGCUUCAAAAUAUAUGACUGCACACAUAUGACUGCACCUUAUGUGCUCCGUAUAUUUGUUAUUCUUCUGCAUGGAUAGCUAUCUUGCGGCUGGGUUGACGGGCUUGAUGUACAAUUAAAACUUAUGGAAUGGAGAGAAGACUGUGAAAAGACCAAAGCCACUCCUCCUCCGUCCGCAUCUGGGUUCGUGUACCUCCUGAAGACGAUUGCAGCAUGAAGACGGAGGAAAGAAAUUUUGUGGAUGUGCUCUUUAAAGGGGAGUUCGAAGCAGUGACCCGAGGACUGGAAGAUGGACUUUACACCUGGGAAGAGCUGAACCAGCCUCACAAUGCCCAGGGCUCCACUCCUCUUAUCAGUGCGUGUCAGAUGGGCCUCGACGUGGUCAUGCAUUUCCUUUUGGAAAGAGGAGCAGAUGCAACACUGUGCAACCAGAGCAACCAGACAGCGCUGCAUGUCAGUCAGCCAGACCUACAGAAGGAGCUGUUGACUGCCAUGUUGCGACCUUUAGCCCAACCUGCUCAGCUCUUAGAGGUCGCUUGGAGAGGGGACAUUCACACCCUAGAGCACCUGCUGAUCGAGACAGACUCUGUGGAUGUGAACAUCCAAAACCAGAAUGGAUUGACCCCACUGAUGCUGGCAGUGAGGGAUGUGGAUCUUUUUGAGGGGUUUCAAGGCACCAUGGGAUGGGACUAUGAUCCUACUAAAGUAGUGAAGACACUGCUGGCUCAGUCUGCAAACAUGGACAUCCAAGACCAUAAGAGCUUCACGGUUCUUACCUAUGUCUCUCAGAUCAAGAGCUCCAUUAAAGAUGAGCUGCUCCAUAUUAUUUUGGAACAUCAAACUCAGUCAGUGCCUGCACCCGUAGUGCCAGAGUUCCAUUGUAAUAAUUCCCACAGUCUCUCUUCUUCACACAUGUUCUCAACUUCGGCCAAAACAAGGGAAGCAAAGCACCCAUUUGCGUAUAUCGCUGUUGAAGAAGACCACAACAAUGUCAACCAAGAUAAGAUCAUCGCCUUGUGCUUCCGCAGCGACAUGGAGCCCAAGAUGAACAGCAAGUUGCCUGGGCGCACAUUACCAAGCCUGAAGGAGACGAAUAAAUGUUGGACCAAAUUUGGCAUUCUGUAUCCUACAUAUGAUAUUUCAAGGAAAUCUUCCUUAGUGCCCAUACCUCCAAGGCCCACAGAGAAGACCAAAUCCAUAUCCGAGACUCCUCUGGUACCACAUUUCUCUCAGCUUAGCCAGUCAGCUCCAAGCUUGGCCCUCCUUGAUGCAAACUUUCUACUACAAGUACGGACCAAUAUACACAACAGGCUCAGCUCCAGUGAUGUUGCGGGACAAAAAGACGCAGACCAUGUUCCGUGCCAACGCACUCCAAAACAUUUGGCUCCGCUUGACCAAGAGUACAAAGACGGGAACGUGCUUUCAAACCUCCAGUGUCCAUUGGCACCCAAGCUGACCAGCCUCUUAUCUUUUGGCACCAAGGAUAUGAGAGAGACAUUAUCCAGACUGGGCUGCAGACGAUCAAGGGGCACAGGAAGAGGCAGUGAGGAGAGCAGCUAUAGCAGUCAAAGCUCUCUGGAUGAAGAUGACGAGGAAGAGAACAGCCCUGAGGAGACAGAGCAGAUCUUUGGGAAAAUACAGAGAGAACCGCAUUUUGCCCUAGUAGCACCCUCAUCUGCUCAACAACUGACGAAUAUUGGGAUUACAGAACAUAUUCAUUCACAUAAACCCGUGCCUAUCAAAUCUAAAUUCAUAAGUCAUCAAAAAUUUGAAGAAAGGCAGGACUUAACAAAACAAAGAGAGCUUUCCAAAAGAGUGGAAUCUUCUGAGAGGACUUUAGACACACAACAAAAAAGUGAAGCCCUGAAUGUCUGUAAGGAGAACAGGACAAUAUGUUUAGGUCAUAUUACAAAAAUGAACAAAAGUGUGGAAUUAACAAAAUCUUUCUCAAAUGAACUUGAUGAACCCAAGGACACUGUUACAGAGCCCAGACCUGCACCUGAAAAUGGACAGUCUAGCUCUUUUGUUGCCCCUGAGCAACACCAUGUCUCUCCGGUGAAUCUCAAAGUGCAUCAUGGUCCAGCAGAAACAAGCAAAGCCAGUAAGAUUACAAGAGACGACGAAAUAAAAUGCAAAUCUCACACUAACCAAGCCAUGGACCAAAUAAUUAAAAGACUGGAGCAUGGUAAGUCCAAAAGGAAUAGAAGGUCAUCACAAAUUAUAGUUAAAGAGAAGGAAUUCAUAGGUAAUGUUAUAAGUGAGGAGAAAAUAGAGCAGCCAAAGAUGGCACCUAUAAAUCAUGGUCCAAAACUCAAGGAUGCACACUUAAACCGAAGGAAAGCUCCAGAGUCUCUGUAUCAAGGAAGGCUGAGCGGAACCAAAAAGACUUCGAACAAAACCCAAAGUCAAAAGCAACUGCUCAAUCGGGAUACAAAGAAGACAACAAGGCAAGCUAAAAGGCCGGGAAUUUUAGGGACACAAAGAACAAAAUCAUCUCUGGACUACGUCAGUUAUCGUGACAUGUUUCUGGAAAUCCAUCAGGCAGCUGAAGGACCAGCUAUUUUCGAAAUGUUUGCCACCCCAAUAUACGAAAACCUUAGAGCAGCCAGUUCUGUAGAAAGAUCCAAACAGGUGCAGUCUGACGCUCAAUUUAAGAGACAACCGAGCGGACAACAUCGAGCACAAAAACCCGUGGAAGGUAACCGGAAGAAAAAGAAAUGCCAAUCUUCUAAAGGUAAACCACGCAAAAGGAAGGAAAUCCAAACGCCUGAGAUGAAAAAACACGAUCAAGAUAUUGAUUCAAAACAGAACGAUGCCAGUGUAAGUACUGGAACAGUAGAUCAGAAAAGGAAGCAUAAACUCACCGCUGAGGAAGAUGAGAGGAACGUCUCGGACGCAAGAUUACAGACCGAAGUUAGUCCUGUGCUGUCAAUGAUCAGAGAAGUUCCUUCGGACACAAACAUGAGGCUAGACUUCCAUCAUCGGGAAGAUUUAUUUAGCUCAUUUCAGUCACACAGAACACCGUAUCUUAGCAUGCAGUUCUUACAAGGGGACGCAAUCUCAAACGUAAUCGAGGAUUCCGUCGUAGUUCAGCGUCCCUCACAACCCUUGAUCAACACAUGGACAACUGAAAGGACAAACUCGCCUGUAUACCAAAAGAUUUUAGAUGAAGCGGGCGAGGGACCUGUGACGGAUGAUUUGCUGAAACGUUUGGCAGAAGAAUUAAUUUCAUUGGAAGAAAGAGAGGUGGAGUCUCUAAAGUCUGAGAAUCCAGAUAUGACAAAUGAAGCUCCAUUAAAACUCAAGGAACUUUUUAGUGAGGUCUCUCCUCUGGCCAACCUUCAUCGUACUGAGAGGUCCAGUGUAGACGGCACAAUCACAUGGACCAAAGGAGACAUUCUGGGCAGAGGGGCCUAUGGAACCGUGUACUGUGGACUCACGAGUCAAGGCCAGUUGAUUGCUGUCAAGCAGGUGACGCUGGACGUCUCAAAUUCAGAGACGGCAGAGAAAGAGUACGAGCGGCUGGAGAGAGAGGUAGACCUUCUGAAGAACCUUCAUCACCAAAACAUAGUGGGGUUCCUGGGCACGGCACUUUCCGGCAACGUAAUCAGCAUUUUGAUGGAAUACAUCCCAGGAGGCUCCAUCUUGAAUGUCCUGAAUCGCUUCGGACCCUUGCCUGAAAAGGUGUUUGCCCUGUACACAUGCCAGAUCUUAGAAGGUGUCGCUUACCUUCAUGAUAACAGAAUCAUCCAUAGAGACUUGAAAGGGAACAACAUUAUGCUCAUGCCCAGUGGGGUCAUCAAGCUGAUUGAUUUUGGCUGCGCUCGUCGCCUUAACCGCUUGUCACGCAGCGGAAGCCGUAGCGAUUUCUUAAAGUCUGUGCAUGGCACACCCUACUGGAUGGCUCCUGAAGUGAUUAACGAGACGGGUCAUGGCAAGAAAUCAGAUAUUUGGAGCAUUGGGUGCACGGUCUUUGAGAUGGCCACAGGAAAGCCACCACUGGCACAUAUGGGCAAGAUGGCAGCUCUUUUCUAUAUUGGGGCCCAAAAGGGAUUAAUGCCUUCACUACCUGAUGGCUUCUCUACAGAAGCUAAAGGUUUGGUGCAAGCAUGUUUGAUCAACGACCAGAAACAGAGACCGUCAGCGGCAGAUUUAUUAAGGCAUCCUUUCGUCUUUCACCUCCAGCAGCCUGCGAGUAGAAAGCAUUCAUACGGUGACCUUUACGCUCAUUAGAACGUUCGAAAGAACGUGUGCCAAUUUGUCUCUCAAGAAGAUUCAAGCUGUGAAAGGAUUCAACUAUGUUUAUACCUGUGGUUACGUAGGACAGAUUAUCUUCACUAUUUAACUAUUAUUAAAUUAACGUGAACAUCUGACUGUUAAACACAUGAUCUUUUAGAAAACGUUUGAGAUUGUAUAC